CGUUGCCUGCAAAGGCUGCUGAAUGAGAGCAACAGCAAGAUGGUGCGCGCCAUGCAGCAGCAGUAACAGCAGCAGCAGCAGCUCCUACUGUAAUUAUUCACCGCAUCGACAGCAGGGCUCUCACACGCGCACGCCACUUAUGGAUGGAGCGCCUCGUUUGCAUCACAGCAGCGAUUGUGGGGUCAGAAAACAAGCGUCCGCGGCGUGAACCGGUGCUGGAGCGGGUGGAGCGCUCUCAUAUCCUGUUGAUUCCCGCUGAGCGUUUGGAGCUGAGCCUCACUGACGACAAAAAAAACAGAGCUGGUCGCAGGAAGAAGCUGCGCUGGAUGGCAUCUCUCUCGGGGUUUGUUUGAUAGUGGGCUACGAUUCAGUGUUUGACUUCAAAUAGGAGAAGGAGAACAAGAAGAAGAAGAAGAAAAAAAAAACACCUGCGCUCCAUUCUGCAACCUUUCCUUCUCUUUGAUGGUGGCUUUGUCCCAGUGGGUUGCGAAUAGAUUUUUUUUUAUGCACCAUAACGAGAUUGGUGGUGGGGACGUUUCCUUUCAUCAAUGUGCAUUGAUGUAGCAGAAAACGUGGAGGAGAUAAGAAACCUUAUCUCAGCACCUGGAACCUUUGGUCAGGAUUUCAUUGAGGACACCCCGCAAAAAAGAGGAUUUCGAUUCUUAUCUAAGCCGGGAUUUACACAUCCAAACUGGGAUCUAUGAGCGGAAAAGUGGCGAAGUCUAAAGAAGACAAGGAUGCUUCCAAGGUCCAGGAUGAUGCUGCCCCAGGUACCCAGGAGUACAUUAUGUUACGGCAGGACUCCAUCCACUCUGCCGAUAUAAGGAGUAAAGGGUCCCCCUUUCGUGCUAAGUGUCACGAAAUCUUCUGCUGCCCACUGAAGCAAGUCGUCCUCAAAGAGAGCACAGAGCCUGAAGAACCCCAGCUGAAGGGGAUCGUGACGAAGCUGUACAGUCGACAAGGUUUCCAUCUGCAGUUGCAGUCAGAUGGAACCAUUGAUGGAACAAAGGAGGAGGACAAUGGUUACACCAUCUUCAACCUCAUUCCAGUGGGGCUCAGAGUGGUGGCCAUCCAGGGGGUGCAAACCAAAUUGUUUUUGGCCAUGAACAGUGAGGGCUACUUGUACACAUCGGAACACUACACACUAGAGUGCAAAUUCAAGGAGUCAGUGUUCGAGAACUACUACGUGACAUACUCCUCCAUGGUUUACCGGCAGCAGCAGUCGGGCAGGGGCUGGUACCUCGGUCUGAACAAAGAAGGUGAAAUCAUGAAGGGGAACCAUGUCAAGAAGAACAAGCCAGCAGCCCACUUCCUUCCCAAGCCUCUGAAGGUGGCGAUGUACAGAGAGCCAUCACUCCAUGACUUGACAGAGUUUUCCCGUUCUGGUAGCGGCACGCCCACCAAGAGCCGGAGUGCCUCAGCUGUUCUCAACGGAGGCAAAGCUGUGAGCCAGAAUGAAUCCACGUAGCCCGGCAACCAAACCCAAGACUGAGACAGAACCACGAAACCUUACCUCUCGCAGAGCGUGAAUCCAAGCAGACCUGUUUUCUCCAAUUCAGCGUUUCAGGACUACAAUCCACACAAAAACUGUUCUGUGCAAUCCUGAUCAGUUGCAGUAUCAUCAAAUUCAUCUUAAGAAACCUAUUAUCAUAUAAUCAUUCUUAAAAAUAAAGAAGUUACAUGUUGAUUUGUAUUUAAACCUUAUUUAUCACCUCUGUUGCUCUCUUGGUGAAGACCGUAUACCAACUUUUCACCAUUUUCUUACUCUCUUUUUGUUCUUAAGCCCUGUAACCUUUAUUUGGUCAUGCAAACACUUGGCAUUCAUACAUCUCACAGACAGGAAGUUAGAUCAAAAGGCUUUCAGGGCAGCCGGUAAUGGUGCUGGUCCACAAGGGUGCAGACUUACAGUAAAGCCCGAUCUCUGUCUCAUUCAUGCUUCUGUGAAUACAAAGCCUAUAAACUCCCUGGUAUGCCACAACUUUGUGCUACUGGCCAGCAAGAUGGUAGCUCUUUUGUGUCCUCGUGCACAUGCUCAGUGACUGAGCUCUUUAGCAUGGGAAAAUGAAACCCUAUGUUCAACUGACCUAAAAUUAAGGGGCAGUGUGAAAUUCUUGCAGCUUUUGUUUUUCUUGUUCAGAAUUGCCACAGUUUUUUUUGUGAGUUUUCUGAUUCAGCUGAGAGGAUUUUUAUUCAACAAUUUGUUGUGUUCCUCCCUCUUGUCCUCUGCCUUUUUUCAUUGUUCAGCAUUUGUCAUUAAUUUUUGCUUCAGGUUUUAAGAUGGGUCUCAGCAAACCAAAGACAGAUUGAAAGAGUGUCCCUUUAAGCUGCUGAAAAAACAAGCCAACAUAAAGGCAAAGCUGGAUUUUUGUUUUCAUUGUACAUUUUUGAUGAAGAAAAGCAAAGAGCUUGUGAAAAAAGGAACCGUGGACAAAGGAAGUGAUUUUGGUCACGCUGGCAGAGCGCUGGAUUUUAAGACUGUUUGCUCGAUGAUGGUCAAAGGAAAUAACUCUUUACUGUCCCCAUUCCCUUCUGUUACAACUGUGUCACACUGUCCUCGUGAUCUGUUUCUUCCCUCCGUGUUGUGUCAUACCUCAAUUCCCUUGCCUUCCUUUUUUGACCGAUACAGCUCACCAUAGGAAUAUGGUUGAAGCUCCUUCCCAGGAUGCUUGUCAUGUGUUUGAGUAACUUAUUGUGGUGACAAUUUUUCUAUAUUUAAGAAAAAGAAAAAAAAGAAUACUGUGGACUUUUAGGUGGCUUAACAUUUUAUAGGACACGUCUUAUUUGUAAAAGGUAAAAGAAAUAAAAAAAAGAAAAAAAGAAAUGGACAUCCUCCCUUACUUUCACAGGGCAUGAACACAAAUAUGUACGAAAGGACCCUUUUUAUGGGCUGUGUACUCUUCCCUUCAGCUACAUAACUUAUUUCUGGUACAUGCUUUGGGAGACGUCUUUUCUUGGUUUCCUCUGGAGGUGGUUUGUAUUAGAUGAACCUAUCUGUUGCAUGGGCGAAAGCAGGAAAAUGCUGGACUAGAGCUGCAUGAUGUAGGCUAUGUGUAUUAACCCAUGUUGGCUCAUGUGUUCCAAACUACCAAGCUAAAUCUGAUGAAAACAAUAUAUACAGGCAGUCGGCCUGACUGCCCAAUUACUUCCAGUUGUUUAUUAUUUGUUGUAUACACAAAAAUGCACUGAAUAAAAUGUUUAUAUUAAGAUAUACUUUUAA